GGAGAGGGUACGGUAGCCAAUAAGAGAGGGGUGGAGCUCUCAUCACCCCUAACACACGUCGAACGUCCACCCGAAUCUGGAGCUAGCUGCGCAUCGCCGAACCUGACCCCAGGUAAUGGUUUCGAUUCUGACGCAGAUCAGGCUCCAGGAGGGAACAGUAGUGAACAUCCAUCGUGCUACCACACUGAUCCAGCAACUGGAAACACCGCCAACUGAAAAUACCGACCGAGAGUACACACGCCUCGGGGCGCCACAACGCCCCCGAGGAGUCCCGUCUGCGACCUGCACAGCGUAUGGAUAUAUUAUGGUACAUAGAGAACAGCCCCCCAGAUGCGGAACAAGGUCCCACGAGAUACACUACGCACUCUGGCAACAAACACACGGAGCUUGCGGGCUACGCGACAUACCUGUCAUGGCCUGGGCGGAUGAGCAGAUAUAUGGAAUAGAACAUGAUAAGAUGAUUACACAUGAGAUUGCGGGGUCUGAGAUCCGUCCCUAAGGAGUCUUGCACCAGAACCUCCCGCCGCACAGGAUUCUGUCAUACCUUGAGCUCGGCCUGAGCUCGGACGGGACCCGAUCAUUGACUUUUGCUGCCGUGAACUGGAUCACCCACCGAUGAGACGGCGGGCGGAGUGUGGGAAGCAUUCGCGGGGAGGGGACUCUCAAGCCAAAACGACCUGGUACCGCCUAAUAAUGACGGCAGAAGAGAU